CAGUCAACAGGUUUCAGUUCACGGGCCAUUGGGUUUGGGACAAACAAACAGUUCGUUGGACUAAAUCGUCAGUAGGUGCCCUGCCUGGCCGUCCUCAACUGAUCCUUCAGAUUCAUUCCAAUACCCUCCUGUUUCUUGGAUUACAUUUCAAUUUUGGUCAUCAUUAAAGAAAAAAGGUAGCGAUGAUUAGGAACAUGUUUCAUCAUGCAAGGAAACAUCCAGGGUUGAUCCCUCAGUUCUUCUUCCUGACGCUGGGCAUGGCGGGAGCCUUCGUCUACCUGCUGCGUCUGGCCAGGGGGCCGCAUGUCACCUUGUGGGAUAAGAGAAACAACCCGGAGCCCUGGAACAAGCUGGAUCCCACGUACCAGUACAAGUUUGUGGCCGUCAACACGGACUACAAGAGCCUCAAGAAAGAGGGCCCGGACUUCUAGAAGGACCUCCGAGCGACUCCAAGGGCACAGCCUUAUGGCAGCACCUCCUGUCGUCGCCGCGGCGAUACACGACUACAUCCGCACAGUCCUUUUACGGAGUCUCACCUGUCUCACACACACACACACACACACACACACACACACACACACACACACACACACACACACACACACACACACACACACACACACACACACACACACACACACACACACACACACACACACUCCAAAGCACGCAGUUUAAAAUAAACACUGUAACCUUGAGGUGAAAGUUGGUUAUUAAAGGAAACAUGAGGA